AUGGACGUGCUGAAGCGGAAUGGGGUGUUGCCCGAGUGGAUCCAACGUCAGAAGCGGGUGCAGAGCAUGACCCGAUUGCUCCAGCGUCGGCUUCACGUGGAGUAUGCCCGCGCCUGCAUGGACGCGAACCCAGAGCUGGAAUCAGCCGCGAGAGAUGUUCCCUUCGUCCGUACCCCGACGUACGAGGCCUUUUCGGCACGAGUCCAUGGUGUACGCUCUAUAGCCGAGGACUGUGCGGUGAUCAACAGCGAGAUCCUGACAUACAAUCUGCAAGUCCCUGCCCUCCAUUUGCAACGGCUCAAGCUCGACUUACAGCCGUUGAUCGCGGAGGCCGCGCUACAAAGGCCGAGUAGCUAUCAAGAGGCACGGCAACUGUACCGGUGCGCGGAUCGAGAGGGACUCCUGGGUGUGACGGCUUUGAUGGAGCAUCGACUUGACUAUUUUUCGGACGAUGGUUCCAUGUAUCAAGGGGGGGGAGGGUCGAACAUCACGACGUACUGGCAAGACCAGAAUGGGUUGGGGAGAGGAAAGAGCGGGAGAAAGAGGCGAGAUGAGGCCAGCCAGCACAUCUCGGACCUGAUGAUGAUCCCUAUCGACUCCUUGUCCAGAGCGCUCGCCCGACUGUUUUCAAUAUGA